GACGCUGCACCUGCCGGGGGCAGACAGGAGCAAGCAGUAGCUCAUUCUCUAACUUUUCUCUAACUUGAAGGCGGAGCUGAGCGCGUUAAGACGCGGGACCAUGCGUGCCAAACACCAAGCGAGCUUCUGUUCGUGCGUAACGGUGCUCUGAAGAGUUGGACGUGUUUGGACAAAGUUUGUAAAGAGUGCAGCGAAUCUGUUCUGCUUUCUGCAGGCUGAGACUGAGCUCGUCCCGGUCCGGCCCGGCCCGGUUCGGUCCUGUUUAGCUGAAUAAUGCCUCGCCCGGGGAGGAACACGUACAGCGACCAGAAACCUCCGUACUCCUACAUCUCCCUCACGGCCAUGGCCAUCCAGAGCUGCCCGGAGAAGAUGCUCCCCCUCAGUGAGAUUUACAAGUUCAUCAUGGACCGGUUCCCGUACUACCGGGAGAACACGCAGCGGUGGCAGAACUCCCUGCGGCACAACCUGUCCUUCAACGACUGCUUCAUCAAGAUCCCCCGCAGACCGGACCAGCCCGGGAAGGGCAGCUUCUGGGCUCUGCACCCGAGCUGCGGUGACAUGUUCGAGAACGGGAGUUUCCUGCGGCGCCGGAAGCGCUUUAAGGUGGGCGGCAUGCAGGUGACGGACCCGCUGGCGGCCAGCAAGCCGCAGGACGCAGCGCACUACCUGCAGCAGCAGGCCAAGCUGCGGCUCAGCGCGCUGCACGCCGCCGCGCACCUCCCACAGAUGCCGGCCGGAUACAACCUGAGCUCCGUGUCGCAGCCGUCCGGCUUCAAACACCCGUUCGCCAUCGAGAACAUCAUCGCCAGAGAGUACAAGAUGCCCGGCGGACUGGCGGCCUUCUCCGCCACCGGCUACCCGCUGCACAACCAGCUGACCCCGGCCUGGCCGCACAUGUACGGCUCCGGGAUGAUGGACACGGCGGCUCCCAUCUCCAUGGCCAGCGACUACUCGGCCUAUGGCAUGCCGCUCAAGUCCCUCUGUCACGGCGGCCAGACUCUGCCCGCCAUCCCGGUGCCCAUCAAGCCUACCCCGGCCUCCAUGCCGGGCCUGCCGGGGCUGCCCCCGCACAUCCCGGCCUUCCUCGCGAACUCUCCGCAGUCUCUGAGCCCCACCUCCCCGCAGACCGCUACCGGCCAGAGCAGCCCGGCCGCGCCGGGAGAGGCGCUCUCCUCCUCGGCCUCCGCGGCGCUGCAGUCCGCGGUGACGGUGCACUGACGGGACUUUAUUCUCUUUUAUAUACAUAGAAAAGGAAAAAAACUCUUUAAAAAAGGGAAACUUGUUCAACUCCAAAGCUGUGUUUCAUCUCCUGGACGCGAAGUGAGAAUGUGCGAUAAUUAUUGUUAUUAUUUCAGUUUUUAUUAUUUCUGAAAAGAAGAAAUUCAUUCAUCAUUCCUGAAGCUUCAACAUGUUUUUCCCAUCAUGUAAAGAACCAGCAGGUUGACCUCUGACCUCCACUAAAACAACUGUAAUUAUUAUUUUCUGCUAAACACAAAUGUUUCUCUCCUUUUAUAAUCGGUUUAAGUUCUGAAUAAUGUCAGAAACUGAAAAAGUUUUUCUUAUUUUAAUGAUUUCCCUCCACAUUCCUUUACUCUCUCUGACUCUCGGUCGGAUCGUGUCGUGACAAAUUAUCCGGAUCUUUUGUGUUUCAGCCUUUUCUUCUCCCUGUGAAAGAAAGCUCUCAGAUUAAUGACUCUUUAAGAUUUGUUUCCACUUCACUUCAGCUUCUUUUCUGCUCUGAAAACAAAAGUUCGACCCUAAAGGAAGUCAUUUUUUCUCUUUUUUUGCCCUUUGCAGGAUUUUUAAAACUCAAAGAGGAAAAUCUGACAUGAACCAAAUAAUCCCUGCAGUUUAAUUUCCCAUUUUUUGUAAAAAUGCAGUUUUUUCAAUUGAUAUGAACAAUCUAAGAGAUGAGAAGAUGAAAUCAUAUAUUUAUGUCAGAGUGUCUCUGAUGCACUUUUUGAAGGUGAACUCUGUGUGUGUGUGUGUGUGUGUGUGUGUGUGUGUGUGUGUGUGUGUGUGUGUGUGUGUGUUUGUACGCUGCAUGCUCCUCUCUGUCAACAGAUCUCUGUGUUUGUGACUUUUUUUCUGGGCUGAAAGCAUAAAAGCAUGAACAUGAACAACAGGCUUUUUAUUCCCUGCGUCUUGUCUGCUCAUCCAGAUCCAUUAAAAAUACCUUCCUGGGA